UAUUAAUCCGACAAUAUAAAAAUGUCUAAAAAGGAAGAUACCAAGGCUAAAGGUGCCAGAGAGGAAAAGGUUGAAUAUUACGGUCCCCCAAAGCUCGAUUUAGACGAAGCCAAAUUUGGAGUCUGCCAUAUCUACUCCACCUUCAACAACACUUUCAUUCAUGUUACUGAUCAAUCAGGAAGAGAAACUUACUGUAAGAUCACCGGUGGAAUGAAGGUGAAGUCUGAUAGAGAAGAGUCUUCCCCAUAUGCCGCCAUGCUCGCUGCUGUCGAUGUUGCCGCCGAACUCAAGAAGGUCGGAAUCAACACCAUCCAUAUCAAAAUGAGAGGAAAGGGAGGUGUAGGAACCAAGACCCCAGGACCAGGAGGUCAGAUCGCCCUCAGAGCUCUCGCCAGAAAUGGACUCAAAAUCGGAAGAAUUGAAGAUGUAACUCCAAUUCCAACCGAUUCUACCAGAAGGAAGGGUGGUAGAAGAGGAAGAAGAUUGUAAUCUUUCCCCUAUAUAAAUCUUUUCACGAAAUCAUAGUGUUUUU